CUAGUUCUUCAUCUUCUCUUCUCCACCAUCUUUCAUGUCCCCCUCUCCUCCUGUCGCCCUUCGAUCAUGGCCUUCGCGUUCGAUGGAUUCUCCAUUAGGGAGUACACCUCCAAGAUGAGGUCCGUUGACGUGUUGAAAUGCUGGCCUUUCAGUAUAACUAACUCCAGUGACGUCUCUAAGGAAGAUUUGAAGUCCUGCCUUCCUCCCAUGACUGUUCCCAAGUUCCGGCGGCGGCCCGAGCAGCUAGAAGCCGUGAGAUCCGAUCACGAUGAUCGUAGAAAAUCUGAGCAACAACUGCCGGAUGGCGAAAUUUCCGGGAGCGAGAGUGAAUCGCUGAAAUCGGAGAAGUCCAUCAGCGCAGAAGAGGACAGAUUGGUUUGUCCGGUUUGCCGAGUUUUCAAAGCGGCGACACUGACUGCGGUGAACGCUCACAUCGACGGAUGUCUUGCACAGACGAUGAGGGAGGAGCGGCGGCAUAUGAAAAUUAUGAGUUUGAAGCCCAAAUCAAAGGCGCCAAAGAAGAAGCGCUCCAUCGCGGAGAUCUUUGAGGUCGAGGUAGAACAACCGCCGAUGGAAAAUCCGUUCAAAAUUUGGCCCCUCAAUAAGAAUCCAGAUGAGGUAUCAAUCACGGUUACCGAGUUCCGGUGGUGUUCACGGCAGAUUGAAGCGCUGGGAUCCAAACAAUCGGAGGGAGAAAGUUCUAGAAAUGGAAACGAAUCGGGGAAGUCAGAUGAGGGACGGGGUGGGGAGGACGAGAAAUUGGAGAUGGUUUGUCCUGUUUCUGGAGCUGUCAAUGCUUCAACGUUGACCGCAGUUAACGACAGCAUCGACGUGCAAGCUAUGACGGAAGAACGACAGCACCUGAGGAUGAAUUUUAAGCCAAAGCCUAAGGUGCCGAAGAAGCGGUCAAUUGCUGAGAUUCUCACGGUAGCGCCUCAGAUCGAAGCGAAGUGUAAUGAGUUGAUUGAGAUUGACGAAGAGGUGGAGGAGGAAGAGAAAUCUGUUGGUGAUGAUGAUUCAAGUAGGCCUACUGCUGCUCCUGCUGUCUUUUCGACAACCCAUAGCAAGAGGAAUAAAAACAAGAAUAAGAAAAAGAAAAAGACGGAAAGAAGAUGGAAAAAGAAGCUGAAGAAGAAAAAGAAGUUGGAAAAGCAUAGUGGUGGUACCGUGACUCUGAACAAUGAUAAGGAGACGCUGAAUCAGAAUAAAAAGAAAAAGAAGAAGCUGCUUCACAAUGGGUUAAAUGCAAAGAAGGAUGAUACUUACAGGCGAGAAGUGAAAACUCCAGCGAAGAGUUCCAGAAAACUAAAAGGCACGAUUGGUGGUAAAAGAGCUGCACUUGAUGACAUCAAUGCGUCUGCACAUAAAAAGAAAGCAAGUCUAAAGCGUGCAUCUAUUGGAAAGAAGCGAGAAGCAACGGAGAAUUACUCAACGCAUAUGUUUGGGAAGGCAUCAAGUGGCUGCAAUGUUCAGGAUGGUAUUGAAGACAAAACUCGUGAUGCCCAAGAGCAAAUAUUAGCCAGGCAUGUGACGUUCUCUAAUAAAGAUAACAUGCUUGGUCCGAAAAAGAGAAGCUCAUCUGAUGAAAAAGUGUUCUCUUCCGAUGGACAGGCUGCUUCAUCGGUAAAGGAGCAAUCCUCUGCAAGUGAUGAAACUGCUUGUCUGGAGGUAAACAGAAGAGAUAGCAGCAUUACCUUUAAUACGGAGAGGGGAAAGGAGUUUUGUCCUGUAGUUGAAAGUAAACAGUUUUCUACUGCUCCUGAACGAGUUCCUCCAAAAGAAUUUUUGAGAUCAUGUGCCACUUCGGACAAGAAAAAGCAUUUGGUAGGGAAGACUGAAUCAUUGAUAGAGGUGGCAUCUGAUGAUAAUGAUAAUCUACACCUGUUUGAUACGGGCAACACAACUGCACUACACUGUUCUUCCCAAUCUUCAAUUUCCAGAUCUCUUUCUGCAUAUCAGGAAGGAGGCAUUUCUUCUGUAAGUACUCGUGUGGGUGACUCUGGAGCUCACCACUCCCCUGGAAAAUUCAUGGAUCAUCAUGGGGAUUCUGCUCAUCAGGUUUCUGCAGCGGACUCUGAUGCAAGCAUGAGGACAUUUGUGCAGUCUUCAUUGCAUCACACUUUAUAUAGUCAAGGCAGUGAAAAAUCCUUAUCAUCACAAACUUAUGAAGAUAACAGCCAAACUUUGGGUUAUAGACCUUUGUCUCACAUGUUUUCAGCAAAUAGCUCCAUGGAUGAGAACUUCUUUGGUUUGCCACUCAAUUCUCAAGGUGAGCUAAUUAAUUUCAGUUCAUGCUCAAAAGGAGGGAUUAACCAGUCAGAGACAUCAAGUAUGUUAAGAAGUAGCAGAUUACUCUUUGACAACAUUGCCUAUAGAAGUAGCCAUGAAUAUUUAAGCAUUAAUGAGAGUCAUCUUGUUCCGAAGACAUUGUCACAAGGUAGUGUAAAUAAAUUUCCUCACUAUCCCGCCAGGCUAGGUGUGACAAAUCAAUUGCAAGGUAUUGGGAGAGCAGAUGUGCACCAGUUUAAUACUUAUAGGGAUUCCAAUCAGUUUGUCUAUCCUCUUGAUUCGGAAUUGAAGCCCAUGAAAUAUCCUUUCGUUGAACAGAAUCAAUAUGACCAGGUGCAGAACCAUAAGAGAAAUGAGAUGAUUCAUCUGAAAAAAGGUUCAGAUCUUAGUUCACAAAGUUCCACCCAACCAACAAUGCGGUUGAUGGGGAAAGACGUUCCAAUUGGUAGAAGCAUCAAAGAGGAAGAUGUGUGGGCUGAACAGCAAUGUAUAAGAAGCCAUUCUUCUAGAGAAGCUGCAUUAGAAAAUUCGUCUUUGGAGACGUGUUCUAAGCUGGAUCACUUACGUGGCUCACCAUUACAAAGCACCGCAAUGAUAAAUGGUCCAGAAUUUGAAUUUCCUCAGCCAUUUCUUGAUUUGCAAACUAAUUAUGUACCACAAAAUGGAAACUGGGGAUUCAGCAAAACUGCUAGUUGUUAUUCUCAACCUAUUACUCAUGCCCACACUUCAGGUUCAGCAUCUAAUAAGGCACGUCAAGACUCGCCAGGGCAGUCUGUAUGUGGACCUAAAUUCCAAGGACUUGGUUCUCACUUACAGGCACAACUUGCUACGUGCAAUUACAACCAACAUACUUGUCAAAGCAAUGGUGACCUGUACGCCAGGAAGAAACUCCCUCUUGUGACAAAAUCUGCUUUUGAAUUUCCGUUGGUGCACCCGGCUUUUGGAGAACAUGCCAAAGCAUCCUGGUUUCAGAGCUCCAAUGGAAGCUCUCCACCGUGGCUGCUAGCACAAGAAAAGGUACCGGGUACCUUAUGUCAACAAAUACCUGGCCCGAGUAGUAUAUGUCUUCCUCAUACUCAAUGGGGAGGUAGGUUUCCCACCCCUGUAAAUCACUCAAUUCUAAAUUGUUCACCGGUAAAUUACUGUCACAUGAAAACACCUAUUAGUCCAGCUUCAGUUGUUCAACCUCCACUUCUUCCUCGAAGGCCUGCCAUUAAUCCUUCCUCAACUAUACGUAGUGGUUGUCGAAAUGAGGCAAUGGUCAAUGACAGAGUGAUCUUAGAAAACAGGACAACAAACGACCAUGGUUUGUGUAACAAUACUAGGAAGAGACCUGCUGCUAAUAUACAUGGAUCGACAAAACUGAUCAAGUUGAAUGAGAUAGAAGUGCGAGAGAACUUAAAUGGUGUGCCUGGUCUGAUUCAAGAGAACACAAGCGGUGAAUUUCAAAGGACCACGAGAACUGUUGAAGUUGCUCCACAAGGGGAUAGUUCAAGACGUAAAUGCUGUUGCCUCAAUGAAGCUCAAAAUAUGAUGUCUAAAACUUACCUGGGCCUGCAAAUCUCAGGUCCUGGGAGACCAAGUCCAGGUACUGGGCAUAUCCGUAAACCCUCCCCGAAUGUUGCUGCAACUACUGACACUGAUAGGGAUCUAGAUUUUCAGAGAAAAUUGACGAAAAUAUACGAAUUUUAGGUGUAAGUCCACGUACAUCUUUAUAACUCCGUCAGUUUUGCCUUCACAGUACACCCACUUGUUGAAGAUAACGGAAUCUAGUGGAAAUUUCAUAUGAUUUCAUCCGGUAUUUUGUGA